AUGUCUAAUGAUACGAAAAACCAGGUUAAGAUCAAAUUCACCACUAAUGAACAAGAUGACAGUUUAAAAGUCGAUGAGACACCAUUAUACGUUCCAACAUCAUUAAAAAGAUAUGGGUUAUCAGAAAUAGUGAACCAUUUACUUAGUAAAGACGAAAUAAAUGAAACAGAAGAUCGAAAACCAAUACCUUUCAAUUUUUUAAUCAAUGGAAAUUUAUUAAGAACUUCAAUAGAUGAUUACUUAACAAAAAAUGGUUUAUCAAAUGAAGCUUUUUUGAAUAUUGAAUAUACAAGAGCUAUUCUACCACCGUCUUUCCAAGCUUCGUUCAAUAAUGAUGAUUGGAUUAGUUCCAUUGAUGCAAUAAAUAAUUUAAGUCCCGCAGUAACGGAAUCACAAUUGCAUAUAAGAGAUCCAAAGAUUUUAAGUGGAUCAUACGAUGGAGUAGUACGAGUUUAUAAUAUGUCUGGAAAAGUUGAAAAACAAUACAUUGGACAUUCAGCUCCUAUAAAAUCAGUUAAAUGGAUAUCACCUACUAGAAUAGUGAGUAGUGGUAAUGAUAGACAAGUAAGAUUGUGGAAAACAAAUUAUGAAGAUAUAAUAGAUCAAAUUGAUGAUGAAGAUGAUAUAGAGGAUGGAAAAACUUUAGCCAUAUUGGAAGGACAUAAAGCACCAGUAGUAGAUUUAGAUGUAAAUCAAUCUACAAAAAGAAUUUUGAGUGCUGGGUAUGAUAAAAAUGUUGGUUUUUGGUCAACUAAUUAUAAGGAAAUGUCAAAGAUUGAAAUACCUGAAUAUGAUUCAAAUGUAGUUUCCACAUCAUCUAAAAAAAGAAGAAAAAUGGCACUACAAGAUUCAACUAUAAGACGUCGUUCACCAUUGAGUUUAUUACAGGGUCAUACAGAACCAGUGGAAGGGGUCAUAUUUGAUUCAUUUGAUAAUACCGUUGGAUAUUCGGUUUCACAAGAUCAUACAGUAAAAACUUGGGAUUUAGUUACUUCAAAAAAUGUAGAUACAAGAACUACUGGAUUUUCAUUAUUAUCUAUACUACAAUUAUCACAAGUUAAUUUAAUUGCAACAGGAUCAUCAGCUCGUCAUAUAAAUUUACAUGAUCCAAGAUUAUCCAACACAAAUAGUAAUGAGGUUGUUAAUACGAAGUUAGUUGGGCAUACAAAUUUUGUUGUAGGAUUAAGCGCGUCACCGCAUAAUGCCAAUAUGUUUGCAUCAAGUUCACAUGAUGGUACUGUAAAAGUUUGGGAUAUUAGAGCUGAUAAAUCAUUAUAUACAAUAACUAGAGAAGAUGGUUCAAGAAAUAAAAAAAUAUUUGAUGUAUGUUGGGAUAAUGAUAUAGGAAUAAUAAGUGGUGGAGAAGAUAAAAAAAUACAAAUCAAUAAAGGAAAUGAUAUAUCUUAG